GGUUAUUGAUAAAUGUUUAUUUUGCAUACGACUGACAUACGGAAUAAAGUGGUGUUAUUUUAUAGACUAGUGAAAAUUAGGAAUUGAUUUACCAGAAUCGCCAAGAACAACGACUUUUACUUUCUCAAUUGCAGCCAUAUCGGGAAAUAAAGCAGUAUGACGGAGGAAAGGCUGGUGACGGAAGUACCGAGCAGUUUGAAGCAACUGGCUCGACUCGUUGUGCGCGGUUUCUACACCAUUGAGGAUGCCCUCAUCGUCGACAUGCUCGUUCGCAACCCUUGUAUGAAAGAAGAUGACAUUUGCGAGCUGUUAAAGUUCGAGAGGAAAAUGCUGAGAGCCCGAAUAGCAACCCUCAAAAACGACAAGUUCAUCCAAGUCAGACUUAAAAUGGAAACAGGUGCCGACGGCAAAGCCCAAAAAGUGAACUACUACUUCAUAAACUACAAAACGUUCGUGAACGUGGUGAAGUACAAGCUAGAUCUGAUGCGCAAGCGGAUGGAGACUGAGGAGCGCGACGCGACCAGUCGCGCCAGCUUCAAGUGCCCGGCUUGCGGGAAGACCUUUACUGACCUCGAGGCGGACCAGCUCUACGAUAUGAUGACGCAAGAAUUCCGCUGCACAUUCUGCAGCCAAGUCGUGGAGGAGGACCAGUCCGCCCUCCCGAAGAAGGACUCCCGUCUUCUGCUGGCCAAGUACAACGAGCAGCUGGAACCGCUGUACCAGCUGCUGCGAGCUGUUGAGGGCAUCAAGCUGGCUCCCGAGAUCCUGGAGCCUGAGCCAGUCGAUAUUAACACUAUUCGUGGCCUCAACACAAAACAGGCGCUGCUUCGACCAGGCAACGAACAAUGGUCGGGCGAAGCCACCCGCAGCGGCGGCGGCGGCCUCGCGGUCGAAGAAACCAGAGUCGACGUCACCAUCGGGGAGGCCACGCGCGCCGCCCCGGCCCGCAAGGAGCGCCCUGUGUGGAUGGUGGAGAGCACCGUCACUACGGGCGAACAGAGCGAGGCGGCAGCGGCAGACGCGGCGUUGGAAAAGGCGGCGAGCACCGCAGCGGCGGCCAAGAGCGGCGGCAAGGGCGCCGACGACAUCAUGUCCGUUCUGCUGCAGCACGAGAAACAGAACACAGACAACUCGGCAGCCAACGCGCUAAAGCCCGAGCAAGACAGUUCGGAUGACAGUGAUAACGACUCGAAGGACCCCUUCAAGCUCAAGAGUGAUCCCGUGGCAGUCGCGGAAAUGGAGAGCUCAUCAUCAGAGAGCGAAGAUGGCGCGCCGACGGUGCUGGCGGCGGGCGCGCGGGUCCCUCUCACGGCCGUCGACGAUGAGCUCAUCGCGCGCAUGACUCCGCAGGAGAAGGAGGCCUACAUACACACCUACCAGGACUACUACAGCCACAUUCUAGACUAGAUGUCAUACAUUAAAUGGAGCCAACUUAUCGAAUUUGUUUUAUUAGUGUUAUAAAUUUGACGUGGCUUUCGGUGUCGCAUCGUAGCUCCCGAAAGGAUGAACCGGUUUAGAUUUAGUUUUUUUGUUUGAAAGUUGAAUUAGUCGGGAGUGUUCUUAGCCAUGUUUCAUGGAAAUCAGUCCAGUAUGUCAUCGCGCGCAUGAGCCCGCAGGAGAAGGAGGAUACAUACACACCUACCAGGACUACUACAGCCACAUUCUAGACUAGAUGUCAUACAUUAAAUGAACCUAACUGAU